UUUCAGAUUCACCGAGCCUGUUCACCGAAUCGAAAAAAGAUUGGGAGCAUCCAAUAUGGACGGAGGCGCCACUCUUGGCAGGGGCCAGUUGUUCCCGCUGCAAAACUUCAAGAAGGGAGUUCGUAUUUGGCACCGCCACCCAACCCUUGUAUGGAUUGGAGCUACUUUGGAAGAGGACAUCACAUUCCAAACACGGAAUGUUCGGAUAAGGCUCGAAGAUGAUACGGAAGUCGAGUACGCCAUCAAGUCAUUGGACCAGUUGCCAUUCCUCAGGAAUCCUGCAUUUCUUGUUGGCAAGGAUGAUCUCACACUUCUUUCCUAUCUUCACGAGCCGGCAGUUCUUCACAAUCUACAAGUUCGAUUUGUGAAAGGAUCAUCGAUCUACACAUAUUGUGGAAUUGUGCUUGUAGCAAUCAACCCUUACGCCGAUUGCUCGCACAUUUAUGGAGAAGAAAUUAUCCAAGUGUAUCGAGGAGCUGGAAAAUCAGCUCGUGAGAUGGAUCCUCACAUUUUCGCUGUAGCAGAAGAGGCCCACUUCGACAUGGGAGCUUUCGGAAAAUCACAAUCUAUUAUUGUGAGUGGCGAGUCUGGAGCUGGAAAAACCGUAUCUGCGAAAUUUGUCAUGCGCUAUUUGGCAUCUGUUGCAGCCAGCAAGACCAGAAAUGGCGGGACCACCAGCAUUGAAGCACGUGUGUUGGCGAGCAAUCCGAUUAUGGAGUCGAUUGGAAAUGCCAAAACGAUUAGAAACGAUAAUUCGUCUCGAUUUGGGAAGUUCAUACAGAUUAACUUCUGUGAACGAGGACGAAGGAUUGUCGGAGCCGAAAUGAAGACAUAUCUGCUCGAGAAAAGUCGUCUAGUAUUCCAAGCACCUGGAGAGCGCAAUUAUCACAUCUUCUAUCAGUUAUGUGCCGCUCGGAAUCAUCAAGUUCUCAAAGAUCUUCACUUGGGACCUUGCGAAUCGUAUUCGUAUCUCACUCAAGGAGGAGACAGUCGUAUUCCCGGAGUUGAUGAUAAAGCUGAUUUCGAGGCUUUGCUGAAAGCGCUUCAGUUGCUUGGAUUCGACGAAAAGCAGAUGUCCGAUGUAUUCCGCCUUCUCGCUGGAUUAUUGCUUCUCGGAAACGUGCAUUUCGAAAACGGCGAGGGCUCGUCCGCUGUAUCUGCUAGCAGUUGUCAGGAGAUUUCACGACUUUGCCGGGAGUUUUGGAAAAUCAGUGAAUCCGAUCUGAGAAUUUGGCUGACAAGGCGAGAGAUUCGAGCUGUGAAUGAGAUCGUGACGAAGCCGUUGACCAAAAAUGAAGCUGUUCGUUCGAGAGAUGCUCUCACGAAAAUGCUGUAUUCCCAUUUAUUCGGAUGGCUCGUCGACAAAAUCAAUGAAGCUUUGAACGAGAAGGAUAAGCUGGACGGAACAAAUCAAAAGAAGCGGCCAGAUCGUUUCAUUGGCGUCCUUGAUAUCUAUGGAUUCGAGACAUUCGAUGUGAACUCCUUCGAGCAAUUCUCCAUCAAUUAUGCAAACGAAAAACUACAACAACAAUUUAAUCAGCAUGUCUUCAAGUUGGAGCAAGAAGAAUAUAUUCGUGAGGAAAUUGAAUGGGUUCGUGUUGAUUUCCAUGACAAUCAGCCCGCUAUUGAUCUUAUCGAAGGUCCUGUCGGAAUGAUCAAUCUUCUCGACGAGCAAUGCAAACGUCUGAAUGGAUCUGAUGCUGACUGGUUGAGUCAAUUGCAGAAUAGCACGGAGCUGAAGAGAAAUCCACAGCUCGCAUUUCCAAAAGUUCGGAGCAACGAUUUUAUUGUUCGUCAUUUCGCUGCUGACGUCACAUACAGUACGGAUGGAUUUGUGGAGAAGAACAGGGAUGCGAUUGGAGAGCAACUUCUUGAUGUUGUCGUUGCCAGUAAAUUUCCAUUCAUUCGCACAGUCAUCGGAUCAACUGCACCAACCUCCGUCUCUUCAUCAUCAUCUUCAUCGACACCCGGAAAACGUACGAUAAAGAAGACUGUGGCCAGCCAAUUUCGUGAUUCACUCAAAGAGCUCAUGUCUGUACUUUGUUCGACGCGUCCACAUUACGUCCGAUGCAUCAAGCCAAAUGACAGCAAAAUCAGUUUCGAUUUCGAGCCAAAACGUGCGAUACAACAACUUCGUGCGUGUGGAGUUCUUGAGACUGUUCGAAUUUCUGCUGCUGGUUUCCCAUCUCGUUAUCCGUAUGAGGAGUUUGCUCGUCGAUACCGUGUAAUUUACACGAAGGAAGCUGCCCUGUGGAGAGACAAACCUAAACAGUUUGCGGAAUUAGCAUGCCAACAAUGCUUGGAAGAAGGCAAAUAUGCAGUUGGAAAAACGAAAAUCUUCUUACGUACUGGACAAGUUGCCGUUCUGGAAAGAGUUCGGCUCGAUACGCUUGCAGCUGCUGCAACUGUGAUUCAGAAGAUGUGGAAAGGAUUUUUGGCCAGGAGAAAAUACGAAACGAUGAGAAGAUCUUUGCUCAUCGUCCAGGCAUCGUUGAAAGCAUUCCUCGCAUUCCGAAGAAUCAAGUAUCUCCAAAUGCAUCGUGCUGUGAUAGUCAUGCAAUCUGCUGUUCGUGGAUAUUUGGAGCGACGGAAGUAUGAACAAAUUCGCGAUUCAAUCAUUGGGAUCCAGGCAAUGUUUAAGGCGAAUCGCGUCAGAAGAUAUGUGGAAAAGCUUCGCUAUGAGAAAUCUGCAAUCACAAUUCAAGCAGCUUGGCGUGGAUAUUUGGCGAGACGUGAGCAAAUCGCUAACAGGAAAAAGGUGGUCAUGGUUCAGUGCGCUGUCCGUAAAUGGCUUGCCAAACGUCGUCUCCGGGAGCUUAAGAUAGAAGCACGUUCAGUUGGACAUCUUCAGAAGUUAAACACUGGUUUGGAGAACAAAAUCAUCGAGCUGCAAAUGCGAUUGGAUAUUGCAAACGCCAGAACCAAGGAAGAAGCCGAGAAGUUUGCCACUGCGAGCAAGAAUCUUCAGAAGACAAAGGCCGAUUUGGCCAUGAUGGAAGCAGAGAGGCUCACGCUCUUGGAGGCAAGAAACCGUGUGGAAGUGCUUCAAGAAGAAGUGGAACGCCUCGAAACAGAAUGCGAUUUGAAAGAGGCUCAACGAGGUGGCAUGGAGACGAAAAUGGUCGAACUGCAGAGUCGUCUUGAUCAGUUUCAGAUGCAAUCCGAGUCUGGACAGACAAUCGUUGAGCUCACUGAGCAGCUCGAAAAGGCAAAGGCCGAUAGAGUUCUGUGGGAUGAGGAGCGCCAAAGAAUGGAAGCAGCGCUGAAUACGGAAAGAUCUGCUCGUAACGCGUUGGAUGCAGAAAUGGCAGCCAUGCGUGAGCAACUCAUGAAGAAUGUGGAUUUGUUCGAGUCGAGCACAUUUCAAAAGAGGCCGAGUCAAAAAAAGAAUCGAGAUGAUGAUUCAUGCUCUCGUACCACUUCAAAUUUGUCGCAGCUGACGGGAUCAUUCACUGCUGAAACUAUAAAUGGAGUUCAUUCAACAUCUCGUGGAUCACCUGAAGUUCUUCUUGAUAAUAUGGCCUCAACUUUCGAACAACUGAGAAUGAUCAAUGAUCUACGUCAACGGAACGAGCAUUGUCAACGAGAAACCGAAAGAAUGAAAGCUAUUAUCGAAGCUUCCACUCUCAUCGAGACACUCGACAAAAAGACAUCGUUAAAGGCAUUUGAAUCGAUUCGUGUUGGUGAGCUGGAAGGCGCCUACAAUCGCCUCAAGAAUGACAUGGAACGAUUGGUUUCUGGAGAAAAUGGAGCAACUCACUCGGUGUUCGAACGUAUCAUGGAGGAAAAUGAACGACUUCGAGAAGAGGCUGUCGAGUUGCGAUCAAUGUUGUCAAGCCAUUUCGAGAAGCAAUCAGUUGCUGGAAGUAGUGGAUACAGAAGAUCACCGAGACCUGAUUCUGGGCACUGUUCUGGUGCUGAUUCAGAAGACGGUAGCAGUGGUGCCGAUCUUGAAGAAGAUUUGUGUAUCGAAAGACAAUGCAGACAUCUUAAAAACUUGGCAGAAAACCUUACCAAAAUGCUCACAAAUCAGAAUCUCGAAAUUGAACGAUUACAACAACAACUUCGGUUCAGCGAGUCGCAAACAGUUUUCAGACCGUCAGACUGCUCUUUGGAUGAAGCCGUGCGAGGAGCUCACAAACAAACCCAAUUACUAGCUCAGCAGAACAUGGAUUUGAACGAUAAGCUAACCCGUCAAUCGGAGGAAUUGGCAGAGGCACGUGCACAACUUCGUGGUUACAGCGGACCUUUGGGAUUAGAAAACGCAUCGGACGAGGAGAUUAUUCGAUUGGAAGCUUUCGAAAAAGGAUCCAUCAAGCACAGCGGAUUUUUGGAGGUCUACAACGUUCCAGAGUUUGCAAGGAUAAUUGUUUGUGAAUUAAAACCAACUCUGGCUCGUCUUCUAACCAAAAAUCUUCCUGCGUAUCUAUUAGUUGCUGCAUUCCGAAAUCAUGAUGAAAAGCGAGACGAAACGGCACUCACCGGUCUAUUUUCUUCGGUCCAUCUUGUGCUCAAAGAUACGAUCUCGCGUUCGCAUGAUCUCGACUUAUUGUCGUUAUGGCUUGUAAACUUGUGGCGAUUGUUCAAUCUUCUUCGUCAAUAUUCUGGUGAAGAUAGUCAACCCGAGUGGCACGUGGCAAACACUGAAACUCAGAAUUCGUAUCGAUUCAAGGCUUACGACGUGGCACCGAUUCGUGAUCAACUAAAGUUGCGGAUCGAAGAAUGCUACACAAGUUUGAUGAAAAAAGCAAUUGAACAUGUUCUCUCUCCAAAAAUUGUUCCUGGAAUCUUGCAACACGAAAGUAGCAGUGAUCUGAUGACUGCUGGACAAGAAAGAAGAGAUCGUAACUCUGGAAGUGUUGAAUCACAAAGGAAAAGUCUUGAUGAUUUACUUCAAUUCAUGGAGAUUGUUCAUACAAAACUGACGACUUACGGUGGUGAUGAUAUUGUUGUGAAGCAGGUAAUUGGACAAAUGGCCAGAUGGAUGUGUGCUCUCGCCUUGAACUAUAUGAUGUUCCGAAGGGAGUUGUGCAAUUUUGAGAAGGCAAUUCAGAUCAAACACAAUGUGACACAAAUCCAAAAUUGGCUCAACGCAAAAGGACUGUCUGAUUGUCGUGAUCACUUCGAACCACUUGUGCAAGCAUGUCAUCUACUGCAAAGUCGCAAAGAUCCUUCUAAUCUCGACACACUAUGUGGUGAAAUGACAAGUCGGUUGAAGCCACGGCAAGUUGUUGCUAUACUUCAACACUACGAUCCUUCUGAUGAAAUGGAGGACGGUCUUUCUCCAGAAUUCCUUGUGCAGAUUCAGAAGAAACUGAACGAGAGAGCUAUUGCAAAUAAUGAUCCAAUUGAGGAUAAGGACAAACUGAUAAUGCUGGGUACAUAUCUUCCACCAUUCGACACUCAACCAUUCUCUUAUUCUGAUUUCCCACUUGAGACUUUAAGCCUCCCAAGUUGCCUGCAUAUGCAGAGUGUUUGUAGACUUGUAUAAUUUCUCAUAUAUUCUUACUUCCCUCUUAUACCGGUAAUUUUGUCUCCUCAAAUUCAAUUCAUUCUCUACCUUUUCAUUCUUUUUUUUCAUAAUUCCUAACCUUGCUUACUAAUCAUAUUUGGAUACUGAUCUAGUCGGUUUUUCAAGAAAUGUACCCUAUUUCUUUCGCCUAUGUGCAUCUAAACCAAUGUAAAAAUAGUCAUGAACAGAUCCCCCAUCAAUUCUCAAAAUACUUGUACUGUAAUCUUAUUUAUUUGCUUUUAUUCGCACCCAGUUUUUCGAGAUGAAAACUUCAUCAACCAAUCAAUAUUAUCAUGUCUGUCUGUGCUGAAAUAAAACUAUUCAUCUUUUCA